UAUCUCAGUUUCGCUUCAACUCUUCCUUCAAUUGAUUUCAAAGGAUCCUCUUUGUGUUGCCGUUUAGCUCUCUGCCUCUUUAUCGCCCUCACCUCCUCUAUUUAUCACUUUCACUUUCACUCCUUUUCGGUCUCUUUCUUUCUCAUUUUAAGCUUUGAAUUGAGCCCAUUAUAUUGUCAGUUUGCCUGGCUUUACGGUUGGAUAAAUGUGUGUUAAAACUUGAAGAUUGACGCACGCUUUCUUCUGUAUACACCGUUCAUGCCCCUGCUUUCCUCUAUAUGUGCCCUUAAACUCCUAUAUACAUGUGUUUUCAAUACUAUUUUCCCCCUCCUCCCACUAUAUAUUUUAACCCAUUCCUCCUGGUAGUUCAAGUGGGUUGUAAAAAUAAAGCUGGCUUUUCUCCAUUCAAAACUACCAUCUCAUUCAUCAAAGGCUGCUCAUGUUGAAAUAGUAUAAGUCUGUGCUGAGAGAUACUGCCCUCCACAACUGAAGGACAAAGCCAGAAGAUGAGAUUCAGCCCGGUGAUAGAUGCUCUUCUCUGCUUCACCACAUGGAUGAGCAUGGCCCAUGCAACCAGUGGACCGGUGGCCAGCUGUUGUCUCCAGUGGUCUAACACUCUAAGUAGAGUCCCACUUGAACGAAUUGUGGAUUACACCAAUCAGUCUGAAGGCCUCUGUCCAAUCACAGCCGUAGUGUUUCAGACAAAGCGUGGAAGGAGGAUUUGCUCCGACCCUAACAGUAACUGGGCAGAAAAAGCCAUUCGGAAGGUGGACAAGGAGAAAGAAAAAAAAGCACUGCAAGAGAAGGGACUGAAUGAAGAAUCAACAAGCGACAUCCCACCAGCAGUGUCCACUGCACCAACAAACGCACGGCAAAAGGAAUGCAGAAAUGGAAGGAGACGCCAGAGGAAGAAGUCCAGGCGUGGGAGGAAGGUGCAGAGAAAACGUGUGUGAGGAAUCACAAGACAAUUCAAAGCUACCACAGUCAGCAAACAUUACUCUUUCCAUUUGGACUUGUCCUGCUAUAUUGCAUGAACAGUAAACAAACCUGAAACAAAAGCAGCUUUUUUAUAUAUUAUUGUAUCUAUUAAAUAUCCAAUAUGUAUUUAAAUAUAUGUUGAUCAUACCUUGUUGUCAUAAACGUGUGUAUGUUGAUCAAAAGAGCAUCAUUUUCUACCUUUUCCAGUCAAUUGCCAAUAAAGUCUUCUUAAGUCGA